AUGGCACCACAUGAGCUGGAUAGCCUCCUCUGCCGGCUUUUGGAAAUCAAUGCUCCAGGGGUUCUAUUGUGUGCCAUAGUGCUCCUCGUCUUCAACACCAAGAUUGACUUGGUCAAGGUCUAUGAUGCAAUGGAAGUGUUCGCUGGAGUGGCUUCUUUAUCGAGGAAUGGCGCUUCUGGGCUUUUCAUUAUUUGGUUCAUGGGGUAUUCCGAGUUGGCUUCUGGAUGUGCCGCUUUGGAGCCAAGUCCCCGAAGCGAACGCGACUUUGGUCAAACAGUCGGGGCAUCGCUGCCUUCCAAGAUCCACGCCCGCUUACAGCUGCAGAGAAGGGCAGGAUAUCAAGGCACACGUUGGUUCGAAGGCAUGUUGACCAGCGCACUGGCACUAAGAGGUUCACGGGCAAAAGGGCAGUACCCAUUCCCGUAUGGACUACGCUUCGUCCGGGCUUUUCCCCGAUUGCUUGCAGAACGAGUUCCGCCUCACCAGCAGGCCAGCAAUGUCGUGGACAACCCCGAUCCCAAGUCUGUCUUGUGCGACAAGGCUGCAAAGAAGCACUUGCAAAUGCUUCGGGUACCACGGCCAAAGCCUUGCAGCCCGGUCAAGAAGACCAGCCCGAUCAAGAAGACCAGCCCGAUCAAGAAGGCCAGCCCAGUGAAGGACACCAGCCCGAUCAAGAAGACCAGCCCAGUGAAGGACACCAGCCCAGUCAAGAAGACCAGCCCAGUGAAGGACACCAGCCCAGUGAAGGACACCAGCCCAGUGAAGGACACCAGCCCCGUCAAGGACACCAGCCCAGUGAAGGACACCAGCCCAGUCAAGGACACCAGCCCAGUGAAGGACACCAGCCCAGUCAAGAAGAAGAGCCCAGCCAAAAAGACUCCAGCGAAGCCCCGGGUGACAAGCCCAUCCAGCACAAGUACCCGCACCAAGACCACUCCGAACACUGCAUCCACAGAUGUCAAGGUGGAACCGGCAAGCCCAGUUGCAGAGUCAACAGCAGUGGACCCGUACGAGGAGGAGCUUAGCGACGGCAUCGACGACGAUGGCUUGAAGCAGUCUCUGAAGGCAUGGCAUGCCGUGAAGGAGGCGCCUGACCAGAAGGAAGGCGAUGGGGCCAUCGGCAAUGGCAAGGACUGCACGAAGGCUUGGCGGCGAGCUGAGGCAAAGGUUAUCAAGUAUUGCAUGAACCCCAAGCGCAUCAAGACCCAUACGAGGCGUGAUAAGUACGAGAAAGACAAGAUCGAGUACUGGGUUGAGGAGGAAACCAAGGGCAGCUACACGAUCAGCCAGAAGGAGUCAUGGAAAGACACAAGGGAGAUCGAUGUUCCCGAGGACGUCGAUGGCGAAGCCACUCCCGGUGAUGCCGAUGAUGACAGUGAUGACAAUCAGGAUGAUGCUAGCUCCGUUCUCGAGUCUUCUGGAGGCUCCAGUGAUACUGGCUCAACCACGAAGGGCAAGAAACGAAAGCGAGGCGGCAGGAGCAAGAAGGAAAAGAAGGAGAAGAAAGCAACAAAAUCUAAAAAAGACAAGAAAACCAAGAAGGUGAAGCGCAGCAAGAAGAGCCAAUCCUCCCCAUCCUCAAAGGUUGGAACCCCCACCAAAGACAACGAAGCGCUCGAAGAAGAAGCCCGUUCCGAGGCGAUCGAGAAUGCCGGCACCCUGAUGCAGCAGCUCCUGAGGGUCCAGACCAAGGUCGAGGCUUGUGCCGGGUCCUUCAACAAGAUCAAUGACUAUGCUGUCAAGCUUUCGGGCUACCAUGAUGAGUUGGCCGAGCUGAAGGCAUCCUAUGCUGGCUCGAAGAAGUCAAUCUGCCAGAAGUCGGUGAAGAAGCUCCAGGAUAUCGUCAUGGAAGCAGAGUGUGCCAGAUUCGGAAUGGAAGAGACGAAGCUGAAGAGGACAUUGCUCAAGAAGCCCUCAUCGAAGAAUGUGGGCGAUACUGAAGCCGAGAAGGCCCGGCGCCGAAACGGCGACGAGUGGAACCAUGUGGUAAGCGAGAAGCAUGCUUGCAAACUGGCAGCAGCUAUGUACGAGGAGCUGCAAAAGCCCGCCCCGGUUCCAAUGACUUACGAGGAGAUUGGCUUGAAGCAUUUGCACCCUACGUUACGACUUCGAUCUGUUAUUGAGACCUUGAAAAAGACCCCAGGGAAGAUCGAUCAUCUUCUGGUGGGAAAUGGCUCCAAAAAGAGCGGGGCUUCGGGUAUCAAUUUUAUUGGCAGCACGUACUGCACCAGAUUCUUGUAUUCGACUUUAUUGGCACGGAUCUAUUCGACAAAGAAAAAGUUCCUUUAUGCUUUGCUGGACCAUUGGCAGGAAGAUCUUAACGAUUGCUACAAGAAUGGAAUUGAGAUCGAUGGUGUUGCUGGCCUGGACACAGUGUUUCCUGUCGUCAUCAAUUGCAAGGGCGAUUGGCCAGCUCUUACCAAGGCUGGUCGCCUCAACCGGCAUCAUUUGAGAGAUGCCCCGGCAAGUGAUGAUCCACCUGGGAUUUGCCAUCUAUGCCGUGCUGGGCAAAAAGGCUUCGCUUGGAACGAGUUUGAAGCUUCGGCAAAAUGGCUUCAUGCUGACAGCCCAUUGCCCUGGACGACACCUAGCCCAUUGGCAAAGCUUCCGCAGGACCGGGAUGACAUGGCUGCCUUCUACUGCAUUGACUUGUUCCAUGCUGCCCACAAGGGUGUGGUGAUAUUGUGUGAUCGUGGUAUUUUCGGCACCACCGGUGGACUUCCAAGAUUCCUCGACAACUUUUUUGGAGAGCUUCGAGACUGGUGCAAGGCCACAGGCCAUUAUUUGAAUAUGACGAGGCUGACCAAAGACCUGCUUGGCAUCGACACUGGGGCUGACUUUCCGGUUGCGCGGUGGUUUAAGGGAAACGACACAUCCAUUAUGUCAAAAUUCCUGGAAAUCAGAUACAAGCAGAUCCUUGCUGACUGUGAAUCACCGAUGGAGCAGGAGCUUUCUAGCAUCCAUGCUGGGUUGGUUGCUAUAGGCCGAUUUAUGCACCUGGUCUACUCCCUGCCACUUUGGUUGAAGCCUGGAAAGGCUUCUGAGUUGGCUUCCCUGGGAUUGCGCUUUCAGCGUGCAUUCAAUGCAGCAGCAGAAUUCUCUCUCGCUGCUGGCAGGCCACGAUUUAAGGUGAUGCCCAAGUAUCAUCUUUUCUCCCACCUGGUCCAUUAUUUACGGCGGAGUGCGGAAAGGAAUGUUCACUGCCUCAACAUACUUUGCUUCUCAUGCCAACUUGACGAGGACUUUAUUGGGAGAGUUUCUGCCCAGAGCAGAAACGUCUCCAUUCGCUCUGUUCAUGAGCGGACGAUUCAGAGAUACCUCUUGAACUUGGCUCUGCAAUGGUAA